AUGCUCCCUGCAACCAGUGCUCGCGACCACCUAUAUAUGCUGAUCAGCGCUCGACGCCCUCCACUGUACGAGUUCGUCGGCUCCGGAGGGUUUACCGACUACGAGGACUCUGCAUCGGAGCACUCUGAUGCCAAUAUUUCUGAUUGUGAUGAAACUCUUCAUGAUGUUGUUGCGGAUGGAUCGCCUUCCUCUACCUUCACUCUGAAAGUGCCGCGACGCUCACAGUCUAUUUUCCUCACUUUGACAGAGUAUUUAUGCACCACUCGCCGUGUCGAUCCGAUGAUAUUCGUGCCUGGUUCCGGUGAUUUUCUAGGAUCCAUUUCCCUUUUCAACAAUCGUUCUGCUUUCACAUGCCACUGGGUCUCCACUCGAGUUGGAUAUCGGAUGACUAACCUACCGGAAGCUGGUACUAUAAUAGUUUUUCAAGAAAUGUCUUCCUUGGGUCCUCAAGUGAAUUUCUCCCGUCCGAGCAGUAAGUAUAUAACGGUUUUUACACCCGACGAUAAACUUCACAAGAUUAGUGGCCCCGCAAUCCUACGACCCGGAAACACAGAUGAGCCAGUUGUGGGGUUGCCUCUGUCAAUUAAGUUCCCAAUCUCUGUGACUCUCGAUGACUUUAUCGGUAUUUGCAAUGUAAUGCGUGAUUGCUUGCCCCGCGACAAAAGUGCAAGGUCUCUUUGGGAAGAAGAAAGACUCCCGAAGACGAGAAGGAAGACACUUGAUUCGCCAAAAAAGGUGUCGUGGGAUCUGCCACCAAUUAUUGAAUCAAACAUGAACGGUAGAAUGGACCUUAAUGAUGAGUUGGAGUCUCCAACUUUCUGUAAAACAGCCAAUUUAGCUAACCCUCCAGGACUUGCUGCUGUCCCAACUUCAGAUGGAGACUCAAUCUAG